GCUGUUUGUAGACCUAUUUUGGAGGUCUUAUGGUGUUUCAAACGAACCGUUAUAAACUGUGACCGUACUGACCCGUAUUAAACUCAUGCUUCCGGUUAAAUGUACAUGUAAACAAGAAAGUCUCUCAAGUUGUGUGACAUAAAUUUACAGCUAAUGCAAAAGGGGGAAAUUUUGGUUCUGAAAGGGAAAAAAACCAGCCUAGUUUGGUGGGGGAAGACGCCGAUAUUCGGCGUCUGUUAUAGAAGAAUGACACGUAAACGGAAACGCCCUUUUUUGUAUGCAACCAGGGAAUCUGAAAUGGUAAAGUCAGGGAUAGAAUCCAGUGACAAGGCAAGUGGGUACGUGAUAAUAAAAUCAUGUGAUACAACACCAAGUGGGGUAAACGCUACGUUGGCUGGGGUAAAUUCAAAGACAUUGACGUUAGAUGCAGCACAACAUGACUUCAAUUCUGUUUAUGUCAAGAUUGAGACUGAUCAAGAGUAUAAUCUAGCUGAUGGCUUUUAUUCUGCAUGUGCCCAAUCAGAACAGACACUAUGUGAAGAGAUACUUCAAGAUCUCACAAAACAAAUUGGCAUUGAUUCUCAAUUUGCCCAAUCAGAACAGACGCUAUGUGAAGAGGUACUUCAAGAUCUCACCAAACAAAUUUGUGUCGAUUCUCGAUUUGCCCUAUCAGAACAGGCAAUAUGUGAAGAGAUACAUGUACUUCAAGAUUUCACUAAACAAAUUAGCGUUGAUUCUCCAUUUGCCCCAUCAGAACAAACACUAUGUGAAGAGGUACUUCAAGAUGUCUCCAUACAAAUGAACGUCAAUUCUGGAUGUGUCAAAGCACAACAUUUAAAUAGGAAUCAAGAUUGUGAUAUACAAACUGUCAUUAAUUCUGAAUGUGUAAAGGAGCUACAAGUGGAUCAUGGCAGCUCAAGCGAUUCAGAGGGAGAGGAAGAUGGAUCCGAACUGGAGUUCCACAGUGAUGUUGAAUAUGCUCCAGAAUGUAUAGAACGACAUAACCUCCAGCUAAAAGUGACAUUUUCAGGAAAUAGCCCCAACCAAGGUUUCUUCAAGCUGUUUGAUGGGUUCCAGUUGACAGACCAGUUCAUAGACGCUGAUAUUCUUGUUGUUAAGGCUUCUGGCGAAGGAAACACACGGACAUCUACCCCAACUAUGAAGUUUUUCAAGAGUUUGCUUGGAAGAAAAGUAAAAAUUGUGAGCAAAAAUUGGGUGAAAGAUUCACUUCUGCAUGGAUCAGUGCAGGAUAUGACUAAAUAUCUUGUGAAAAGAAUUGCACCGUAUGGAGAGUUGUCUGAUAAAGAAAACUUCCAGCCAUUUGAGUUCAAGAUUGCAGGCACAGACUUGAUCAAUAUUACAGAAGAUGAUGUUCGAUAUUUGCUGAAUACUAUGGGAGGGACAGAAGUUCAUGAAGUGUCUCCAGAGACAAUCAUUAUUUGUGCUGAUGGAGCAACACAUACUGCUGAAAAAUGUGUGGGCAAGGAGUGGAUAUAUCAGUCAAUAGUAGACGGGCGCAUUGCAUCCACUUCAAAAGGGGGUAUUGCAUCCACUUCAAAAGAGCGAAUUGCAUCCACUUCAAAACGGCAGAUUGCAUCCACUUCAAAAGAGGGAAUUGCAUCCACUUCAAAACAGCAGAUUGCAUCCACUUCAAAGGAGCGAACUGCAUCUGCUUCAAAACAGCAGAUUGCAUCCACUUCAAAAGAGCAAAUUGCAUCCACUUCAAAAAAGCGAAUUGCAUCCACUUCAAAAAAGCAGAUUGCAUCCUCUUCAAAAGAGCGAAUUGCAUCCACUUCAAAAAGGCACAUUCCAUCAACUUCAAAAAGGUGCAUUCCAUCAACUUCAAAAAGGCGUCUUCCAUCAACUUCAACAAGGUGGAUUGCAUCGACUUUAAAAAAGCGCAUUGCAUCCACAUCAAAAGAGCGCAUUGAAUUCACGGCAAAAGAGCGCAUUCCAUUCACGUCAAAAAAGCGCAUUGCAGCCACUUCAAAAGAGCACACUGCAGCCACUUCAAAAGAGCGCAUUGCAGCCACUUCAAAAGGAAAUCAAAGUGAAACAACUGAUUCCAGUGGGGAUGAUUCUAGUGAACAAGAGGAUCUUGCUUCAACACCUGAUAAACAAAUCUACCUGCAGACAUCUCGUUCAAGUGCUGGAAAACGCACACAGAAAUGGCAGUGCUGCUUGUAUUGCAACAAGUUACAAACUAAAAUUUCGAGACAUAUGGCAUGCAAUCACUCAACAGAGAUUGAAGUGGCAAAAAUCUUAAGCUUGCCGAAAAAUAGUAUAGAGCGACGGAGAGCAUGGAUAGAAUUAGAAUCUAAGGGAAACUUUUGUCACAAUGACCGAGUUCGUGAAUCAGGAAAGGGUAUGAUAAUCCCUAAGAAAAGACCAUCUGGAAAAAGAACUGAACAAAAAUAUAUACCUUGUGAAUAUUGUAAAUCAUUCUUUGUUGAAUUACACAUGUGGAGACAUCACAAAACAUGUGUUGCAAAACUUCCUGAUGUUAAAAGUGAUGGAACAACUAGAAACGCACAAUCUGUUAAAUGUACAACACCUUUCCAUGAACAUGUUGUUUCUAAAAUGCCUAACGACUCAAUAAGCAUGAUUGCAAAGUUGGAUCCUUUAAUAAAACACUUUGGAAAGCAUGAGCAUAUGAAAUAUGUAAAUAACUCCAGUGCACACAGACAUAUUUCACAGGAUAUGCGCAACUUAGCUACAUUUGUGCAAGCAAUGAAAGGGAAGGACAAGAGUUUAGCAGGUUUGAGCCAUUGUUUAAAUCCUCAGAAAUGGGGAAAGGUUAUAUCAGCUGUGAGGGACAUUGCGGGCUACAACUCUGAGAGUCAACAUUUUCGAAACCCAUCCUUUGUCCUUAAAAUAGGACACAGUUUAAUAAAAUGUGCUAGGAUUGGGCGCACUAAGGCAAUCGAUGUUGGAAAUAUGGCUAUCAAAGAUAAAAUGAAUUCCUUCAUUGAUCUUUUCAUAGAUAAAUGGGAUGAAAGUGCCUCUCGUUUAGCCAUUGAUUCAAUACUGAAUAAACACAAGGACAGUGACAGUGAAUUGGAGCCAAAUUACCAUAACAACCUUGCAGAUAUUGAUGGUGAUGAUGGAAGCAAUGUGGAGCAAGUUAUCAUCAACAGCAAUGCCACACGAAAGCUUGAUAUACUUGAUGAGAAAAGCCUUUGUCAAAAGAAGGAUGGUACAUGGGAACAUCACACUUUGUCAAGGGAGACGUUGUCUGAUCAGUUGAGCACCUAUACAUUGCAGGAUUCAGGCAUGCAUAAGGAUUCCAGUUAUGAAGAAGAUUUUGUUGUUCAAGAACCAGAUGAGGAUAACACACCAGCGAUGGACACUGGCGAUGAUGACUCCUCUGACUCCGAAUCACAUGAGUUGUAUUUGUCUUGGAAUUGUGAGACCGACUCAGAUAGUAUACCAUUGGAAAACAACAUUUCUGAUGUUGACAUAAGGUUGGACAAACCGGAUACUGGUUUAGCUCAUCAAGCAAUGGAUGGAUGUGAUUCUGUGAGUGCUAAUACAGUAAGUGAAAGUGAAAAUGAACUAACAAAAACCAUACAAGAUAUCACGAACAGAACGUCAGAUAGUUGUAAUAGGAUAUGGGGCAAAAAACAUUCAUGCCUUUAUUGCUUAAAGCAGUAUCCACAAAUUGUUCGACAUCUUGAACAUGUGCACUCAAAUGAGAUUGAUGUGCAAAGAGCUUUGGCAUUUGACCAGAAAUCCAAGGAGCGGAAAGCCCUUUGGCUUGACCUUGUGAAUAGGGGGAAUGUUGCACACAACUCAAAGGUUUUGGAAACUCAAAAAGGAGAAAUAAGCACAGGCGAACAGCCUCCUAAAGUGCAAGAUGGUACAAAUGAUGAUGAAUGCUCUUUUUGUUCUGAAACGUUUUUAAAAAAAGACCCGUGGAGACACGUCAAAAAGGCCGAAACUUCAAUGAGAAAAAGACUGAGAAACCCAAGAAAUAAAAAAUGGUGGACAGAAAUAGAACAGGCUGCUGUCAAGAGACAGUUGGGCAAAUAUUUUCACUUGGAUAAAUUGCCAGGAAAACAUGAAAUUGAAGCGGCACAGAUGCUAGAACCUCUUCUGUCAAAACGACCAUGGAUUCAAAUAAAAUGUUUCAUAAAGAAUGUAAAAGUAGCUUUGAAAAGGAAACACAACAGAUCUGCUCAGGAGACUUAGGUACUCAGGACCGUAUUGUUAUUCUCUGGAUACUUUUUUGAUAUGCGCAUUUAUUGUAAGCACAUUCAUGAUGUGUGUGUUAUAGAAAAACAUAUUAUCAGUAAUGAUUGAAAUAAUAAAGAAGUUUCAAAGACUGAAAAAGGUGAGUUUAGCUUUAACAAUUAUGCUGAUGCACUAGAAUGCAUGCGACUGUCAUCAGGGAAAAAAUAUUACAUGUACAUGUGCAAUAAAAUCCCAUUUUAGGUCCAGAUACAUUGUAUGUAUUAUGUCAGUUAAUUAUAGGAUACAAACUUGGCAGAGGCUUUUAUUCUGUAAAAAUGCUAAAGACUUUGCUAUGAAAUUGAAAAUUGUUUUAUUAAUUACUAAGUUAAUAAUAAUAAAACUUAACAUCAAUAUUUAAGUAUAACAUUAGUUUACCUUACUAAGGCCUAUUUUUGUGUGCGUUUGCUUAAGUGAUAGCAUCAGUUAACUGGCAAAUAACCCAGAAUGCUUAAUGCAAAGUUUCAUUGUUGAAAUGUAUGAAUACAUAAGUUCCACCACAAUAUUUUUUACGGAUAAAUCUUUCCAGUAAAUUGAUCUAUGUUGCCAGUUUUAUUUUGAUAAUCAGAUAUGUCAUAGCCAUUUUAAAAACAUGUUUUUUUUCACCAGCCUUUUGAACAGGAGAGGAUUUUAAGAAUACCAUCCUUCAUUAUAAAAGUACCGAAGCUUCUGUGAAGAAAAAUAGUGUACUGAAUAAGGGCAACAAGAUGAUACAUGUUGUACAAGACUGUUUUUUCCCCAUAGGCUGAACGUGAGAUAACUUUGUAUACAAAUACCGGUAUAUCUUCAUAUUGUAAUAACUCAAAAAGUGUGUUUUUACAGUCUGUACCUUUACCAUUUUAAAUGGUCCAUUUAUAUGAAAAUUUAAAUAAAUGCUUCACAUGAUCAUUCUGUUGAGGGGAAAUGUUGCACAUGAUGUAUUUUGCCCAGCUUCUAAAGUAUAGGUAGCAGUCAUUUGUUUAGCAAUUGCAAAAUGACCUUCAUGAUAAAUUUCUUGAAACAUUAGACAAGCCACAUCUAUUUAUUACUGAUUUCUAAAAUUUUUAAACAUACCCUGGAGUGUUAGCCAUCAUAAAUCUGUUAAUUUUUUUAUGGUUGUAUCUUUUUCCUGACAAAUCCCAUUAAGCCCUGACAAACAUUAAUUACCAUGUAAUCUUUGUUGUCUAGUCAUUUACAUUUUUGUAUUAAGGUCCUCACAAAGCACAUAUUGCAUGAACAUUUUUAUGGGAGUCAAUAGAAGUUCCCGUGAUAUCCAUUUCAUCAUUACUUGGUCAUCAACUUCAGUUUUCCUGUAAUUGUGUUCAGAAAUGCCAAUGUGUUUAUUGCCUUGUUUGAAAUUAUAUAGUUAAUAUAGUUCAUAAAAAGAUUUUAAUCUACACAUGUUUUCACAUAAAUUUGAAUCACAUGUAGUCAUUAGUUAUAAGUAUCAAUUGCCAAAUAGUUAACUUAACUUUUGUAGCUUGAAAGCAGCCAUUCAAUUUGCUUUUCUGGUUUACGUUUUGAUGUAAACGUUUUGUUAUUCUAAAAGUUAAGAAGUUGUUCACCUGAAACUUGCAAUUCUUUCUUUGACAUUUCAAGAUAUUUUUUAACAGAUUUUGUCAUUUUUCGAACUAUAUUUAAUAUGUAAAAAACUUGCAAAAGUUUGGAAAAUCGUCAUUUUAACAAUCUGUAAACAAGUCCGGUUUAAUCAGUAUUGCUAAGUACUUGCAGAGUAAUAUUCAAUAGUUUUCUUUUCUUAAUUGCAACUCUCAAAGCAAUACUUUCUCUGACAUUGAUUUGUCGUAAAUUUUUGUAUAAACGUUAUUUUACAUUGAUGUAUGAGUCAUAAUAUAUCCUAGAAUUGUUCUUUAUAGUCAUCUGAAUGUACACUAAUCUGCACAGGUUUAAAGAACGAUGGGUGAGUAAUUUAAGUAGCUAUAUUGUUUUCUUGUAUAGACCUAAAUUCUCAAUAAGAAAUUGAGUAACAGAGUUGUGUAAACAAAUUUUAGUCGUGUAAUGUUACAUUUAGUUGAUCAAAUCAGUCUUUACAUAGAACUGAAUUAUAUAUUUUUAUGUUCCCCACCACUAAAGUGUUUUUGCCCUGUCUGUUGGUUGGUUGGUUUGUUCGUGCCAACUUAAACAUUUACCAUAACUUUUGCAAUAUUGAAGAUAGCAACUUCAUAUUUGGCAUGCAUGUGUAUCUCAUGGAGCUGCUCAUUAUGAGUGGUCUAAAGUCGAGGUCAUCCUUCAAGGUCAAAGGUCAAAUAUAUGGGUCAUUAUCGCUCAUUUAAUGUACACUUUUGCAAUAUUGAAGAUAGCAACUUGAUAUUUGGUAUGCAUGUGUAUCUCAUGGCGCUGCACAUUUUGAGUGGUGAAAGGUCAAGGUCAUCCUUCAAGGUCAAAGGUCAAAUAUAUGGAGACAUAGUGUUUCACAAACACAUCGCUUGUUUGUAUGUACAUUUAUGUGCCAGUCAUUUUAAAUCCUGUUCUUUUGUGUACAUGUAAUUUAGGUCCUAAUAAAGUAUCAUCUGCACU